GAAAGUAGGUCGAAUUAGGUAAGAAUCGGGUGGACUUUAGGGCCUGGCAGACCGGAGGCCUGUUAGCUCUCCGCGCACUUUAUUGAGAGAGACAGCCGGAGGAGAAGCUCUCCUCUUCGGUCAGUCCUAACACGGGCCUCCGGACAAUUUAUUUAGCGAGGUGCUGAACAACCACAGCAGAAAGAUGGCGGACGACCCCAGCGCGGCGGACAGGAACGUGGAGAUAUGGAAAAUCAAGAAGCUGAUCAAAAGUUUGGAGGCCGCCCGUGGUAAUGGCACCAGCAUGAUCUCCCUCAUCAUCCCACCUAAGGACCAGAUUUCCAGAGUGGCCAAAAUGUUAGCGGAUGAAUUUGGCACAGCUUCCAACAUCAAGAGUCGAGUCAACAGACUCUCGGUACUCGGGGCCAUCACCUCUGUACAGCAAAGACUAAAGCUGUAUAACAAGGUGCCACCCAAUGGCUUGGUUGUGUACUGCGGCACCAUUGUUACAGACGAAGGGAAGGAGAAAAAAGUUAAUAUCGACUUUGAGCCUUUUAAGCCAAUCAACACCUCCCUGUAUCUCUGUGACAACAAGUUCCACACUGAGGCAUUGACAGCCUUGCUCUCUGACGACAGUAAGUUUGGCUUUAUCGUGAUUGACGGUAGCGGGGCGCUGUUUGGCACACUGCAGGGGAACACCAGGGAGGUGCUGCACAAGUUCACUGUGGACCUACCUAAGAAGCACGGCAGAGGAGGACAGUCAGCUUUGCGAUUUGCUCGUCUAAGAAUGGAGAAGAGACACAACUACGUGAGGAAAGUGGCCGAAACGGCCGUGCAGCUGUUUGUAUCCAACGACAAGGUCAACGUGGCGGGAAUGGUUUUGGCCGGUUCCGCCGACUUCAAGACCGAGCUCAGCCAGUCGGACAUGUUUGACCCGAGGUUACAGGCCAAAGUGCUGAAGUUAGUGGACAUUUCCUAUGGUGGAGAAAAUGGUUUCAACCAGGCCAUUGAGCUAUCAGCGGAGGUUCUCUCCAAUGUCAAGUUCAUACAAGAAAAGAAGCUAAUAGGACGAUACUUUGACGAGAUCAGUCAGGAUACAGGAAAAUACUGCUUCGGCGUGGAGGACACACUGAAAGCCCUGGAGAUGGGAGCGGUGGAGAUCCUCAUAGUCUACGAGAACUUGGACACCAUGCGUUACAUUUUACGUGUACACGGGGCUGAGAGCAACGGAGCUGAGAACGAUGAGAAGACUUUGUACUUGACGCCAGAGCAGGAGAAAGACAAGUCUCAUUUCACAGACAAGGAGACGGGGCAAGAACACGAACUGAUCGAGAGCAUGCCGCUGUUAGAGUGGUUUGCCAACAAUUACAAGAAAUUCGGAGCCACGCUGGAAAUCGUCACAGACAAGAGCCAAGAAGGAUCUCAGUUUGUCAAGGGCUUUGGAGGCAUCGGGGGUAUCUUGCGGUACAGAGUGGACUUCCAAGGCAUGGAGUACCAAGGAGAGGACGAUGAGUUCUUUGAUUUGGAUGACUACUAGGUAGUCGGGGACUGAUAUAUUGGGAGAGAAAAUAAAAAAAGCAAAGGAACGAAUGAAGAAUUUAGGAAAGGAAAAAAAUAAAAACGCCACCUCUCUUGCAGCAAGUGAGGGGCUCAACUGCGUCGACCACGAAAUGACAGCCAACUUCCAAUUUACUUGUCGAAUACACAACCUUGCACAUACAUUUCAUCCGUACACAGAUUGACGAGUACAUAACACAGGCUGAAGAGGAGUGUUUCUGUUUUUUUUUUUUUUUUUUUCUUCAUCCAGAGAGGCGACAAGACCUCCAGUGAAGUCGACCCCGCGUCAAACGCAAAUUCAUAUCAGAAGAUGUCACUGUUUGUGCUACGUUUGUUCUGUAAAAAGGCUAGUUUUUAAGAUGUUCACACUUGUUUUAUGGGUCAAUCUGAGGUUAACAGUUUGGAUUUGAAUCGGAUAAAAAUGGUGUUAAUCGCUUACGCUACAACUGUUUUCUUUUUUUUUUUUUUUUUUUUUGGAUAUUCUACUUUUCGUUUAUAGUGAUGACACCAUGCAGCUUCCAGUCUACAGAACUGCUUUUUGUUUGUGCUGCUACAGUUUUUGAGGUAUUCCUUUUUUUUUUUUUUACUGAUGGCAUUACCACCACAAGUUUAUUUUAGUAAGUUUAUGCUUUAUUUCAAUCCAUAGAGUGCUGGGUGAAAAAAGAAAAAAUAACCGCAAAACCGUGGCAACGUAUCACAAUAUGGAUGCACAUUCGCGCCACUAAAAAAGUAAAAAUUAUGAUUUUUUUUCUGUAAAACAAGCCUAUUUCUCUCAGUGGAUUUUUUUUUUUUAACUUGCUGAUUUUUUUUCCCUUAUGUCUAAAAACUUUUUCAAUUUUUAUCCAUUUUUUUUUUAUGUGGUACAAUGAAGUUGUACAUUUUUGGGCACAAUUACCUCACAUUUUUUUCCCUUGAAGUAAACUUUUUUUUUUUUUUUUUUGCCUUGAUGUAAACAAAAAAAAAAUGUUUUUUUAAUUUGAAAUAGGAACCCAAAAUCCACAAGAGGAAUUUGACUUUUUGUUCUGAGUGAUAAUGGGCUGGUAUAGUUUUGAAUCUUUUAAAACACAAAAACAUACAUCCUUCUUCAGUCAUGAAAAUAUUUCCACUUUAAAAUGUUAAUUUUGUCAGUUUCAAAAAUAAUUUUUUGUGCUUUGACUUUGUUCCGCCACUAAACAAAAAAAAAAAAAUAUUUUUUUUGGGGGCGGGAAAGGGUUUUCAUAGAUGUGUUCUUGAAUAUUUUAAAAUAUGAAAACAUUUUGUUUUAAGUCAGUUAUUUUUUAAGUAUAUUUUCGGUUUCUAAAUAUAUAUUUUUUUACUACUUUCAAAGCUAAAAUAAUCUAAACUGACCUGGAACUUUUUUUUUUCUUUGAUGUAAACAACAUUUUUUUUUUGUGCCUCAAUUUUUAUAAGUGGACUUGUAUAGUUUUGUUUUGGAAUUUAAAAAAACACAAAAACGCCAUCCUCAAAAUACCCCCAAGUCAACAGUAAGUGACCCGAUAUGAAUAGGAAGUGGUGACUGAAUGUGUUUCAUUUCAGGUUCAAGAUAAUCAGCAGGGCGGAGAACCAAAAGUGGUAUUUGCCAUGUGCCUUUUUUUUUUUUUUUUUUUUUUAAAACCAUGUGGCAAAAUGUAUUUUGCCAUGUGGCAUUUUUUUGGUAUGUGUCAAAAUGGAUUUUGGUUUGUGGCAUUUUGGGGGUUGGGGGUAGAAAAUUACAGCCCCUCAUGUUUUUCUGCCAUUUAAUAUGAAUGGAAAAUUUGAACGUGCAUAGCCACUACUGGCAUAGCCUGACUCGGUUGCCAAUUGAAUGUCAAUGCGCUGUACUGCUAAGUGUAUGGUCAAAAAUCACAGCCACACGUUUUUCUGCUAUUUAAUAUGAAGGGAAAAUUCGGACGUGCAUACCCGUCUAUGGCAUGGAUGUGCAUGGCCUGCAAAACUGCAAUAAACCCCCCAAAAAUGCCACAAACCAAAAUCCAUUUUGCCACAUGACAAAAAAAUGCCACGUCAAAAUCAAUAUUGCCACAUGUAAAAAAAAAAAGAAAGCCACAUGGCAAAAUCCAUUUUGCCACAUGGCUAAAUCAAUAUUGCCACAUGUAAAAAAAAAUUUUUUUUUUUUAAAUGGCAAAAUCCAUUUGGCCACAUGGUAAAAAAAAUGCCACAUGGCAAAAUCCAUUUGGCCACGUGGCAAAAAUGAAAAGCCACGUGGCAAAAAAAAAGCCACGUGGCCAAAAAAAAAAAAUGCCACAUGGCAAAAUCAAUUUGGCCAUGUGGCAAAAAAAAUGCCACAUGGCAAAUACCAAUUUUUGUUCUUGCUGUCUCAAGAUAUUUCCACUGUAAAAUCUUCUAAAACAUUUUUUUGUGUUUCGACUUUUUCCGCCUCUUAAAAAAAAAUAAGUAAAAAAUAAAAUAGCGGAAAUUGGCUUAUAAUUUGUUGGGAAAAAAAACGUUUUUUGUGGAGGAAAUGGGCAGCAGAAGCAAGAAAAAAAAUUGUGGAUUUUGGCUUAUUAUGUUGAAAAGUUUUCAUACUUGUUCUUUUGUUUGCUUUGUUUUUUUGGCAGGAAUGGGCUUCCAUACAAACAAACAGCACCAUAUUGUUUGCGUUCCUCGUAGAUGCAUAUCUGUGUGACAUCAUUACUACAAAUUAAAAGCGUAAUAUUUCCAAAACCGUUGCAUCACAAAAGAUUGACACCAUUUUUACUCCCCCCCCCCC